AGCUUCUGGUGUAACUUGCGUUUCCCCAGCCGGCUCCUUUGUAGGUCCCUAGUUCCUUGCCAAGACCUUGAGGCGUUGCCAGCUCCGGAGGACGAAGACAUGGCCCGGGGCCCUGACAACACACCGAGGUGGGCAGCCCUGAUGGUGCUGGCUGCCCUGGGCACAGCGGUGACGGAGACCACCAACCCUGGCAUCGUGGCCAGGAUCACCCAGAAGGGCCUGGACUACGCCCGCCAGCAGGGAGUGGCCACGCUGCAGAAGGAGCUGGAGAAGAUGGAGGUUCCCUCUUUCUCAGGGACCUUUAAGAUCAAGUUCCUGGGGAAAGGGGAAUAUCGCUUCUACAGCCUGGUUAUCCGUGAAGUCCAGCUGCCCAGUUCCCAGAUAAGACUGUUGCCCAGCGAGGGCCUGGCUCUCUCCGUGACAGAUGCCAGUGUCAAGAUCAGCGGGAAAUGGAAGGCAGGCAAGAAUUUCAUCAAAACCAGCGGCAACUUUGAUGUCAGUGUGGAAGGCGUCUCCAUUUCGGCUGGUCUGAACCUGAGCUGUGACCCCGCUUCAGGCCACUCCACCGUCACCUGCUCCGGCUGCAGCAACCACAUAGACAGCAUCCACGUGCACGUCUCAGGCAGCCACCUGGGGUGGCUGAUCCAACUCUUCCACAAGAAAAUCGAGUCUUCGCUCCAAAAGACCUUGAACGACAAGAUCUGCCAGGUAGUGACCAAGUCUGUGUCCUCCAAGCUGGAACCUUUUUUCCAGACAAUGCCAGUGACAGCCAAAAUAGAUAAUGUGGCCGGGAUCGAUUACUCACUGUUGGCACCACCGAUAGCCACGACUGAGACCCUGGAUGGGCAGCUGAAGGGGGAGUUCUUCAGCCUGGCCCACCGCAGCCCCCCUCCCUUCACCCCGCCGGCGCUGGCCAUACCCAUGGACCAUGACCACAUGGUGUACCUGGGCAUCUCCGACUAUUUCUUCAAUACGGCUGGGCUUGUGUACCAACAGGCUGGAGUUCUGAACCUGACCCUCAAGGAUGACAUGAUUCCAAAGAAAUCCAAAUUCCGACUGACAACCAAGUACUUUGGAACCCUCAUACCCCAGGUGGCCAAGAUGUUCCCCAACAUGAGCAUGCAGUUCCUCGUCAGAGUCUCUUCUCCACCGCACCUCACCGUGUCCCCCGCUGGCCUUGCCUGCACCCCGGUCCUGGAGGCCCAGGCCUUCGCUGUCCUCCCGAACUCCUCCUUGGCCCCUCUCUUCCUGCUUGGCAUGAGCGCGAACGCUUCUGUGGAGGUCGGCGCCAUGUCCGACAGGCUUGUGGGAGAGCUCAGCUUGGACAAGCUGCUCCUGGAACUGAAGCACUCAGACAUCGGCCCCUUCUCGGUUGAGCUGCUGCAGACCAUCAUGAACUACAUUGUGCCCACGACUGUGCUUCCCAAGGUUAACGAGAGGCUGCAGAAAGGCUACCCUCUCCCGCUGCCCACCCACGUCCAGCUCUUCAACCUGGUGCUUCAGUCUUACCAGAACUUCCUGCUGUUUGGAGCAGAUGUUCUCUACAACUGAAGUCGCCACCGUGCGGGGCUGUCAGCACACCAGCCGCUGAGGGGUUGUCAACACUGUUCCCGACAGGCCCGCGGGCCACCUUUCUCCAGGCGCCCCCUCUAGCUCUUGACCCAGAGACCCUUGCGAACGUCUCUGAACUCAGGUUCAGAAAUGACCUAAGCAUGGAGAGCCUUGCUGCUUGGGAGAGUGUGUGCUGUGUAUUUUAGGGAUUAUGAGCUUCUUUCAAAAGCUAAGCCUGCCAGACAUUUCCGCCAGGAAUUGCAUUUCAGUUGCGUAACCACAAUAUGUCUCUUUGUGCUUCACACACACACACACACACACACACACACACACACACA